AGCGCUUCCGCAAAGAUGGCGGCGGCUGCGGGAAGAAGCGCUCGGCUGGCGGCUUGGGGCGGCAGGCUGCGGCGCGGGCUCGCGGCCGGACGACAAGCCGUCCCGCGUGCCGGCCCGGUGGCAGCGGCUGUGGCCGGCGUGGCCCUGGCAGGGGCAGGAGCGACGUGGCACCACGGCCGCGUGAAAGCCGCUGCGCGCGAGAGCAGCCUGACGGUGCUGGCGCAGAAAAAUGACGUGGGAUCAGUAGAGAAACUUUCUCUACGAAAACAGCGGUUCAUGCAGUUUUCAUCCCUGGAGCAUGAGGGAGAAUAUUACAUGACACCCCGAGACUUCCUCUUUUCAGUAAUGUUUGAGCAAGUGGAGCGUAAAACACUAGUCAAGAAGCUGACGAGGAAGGAUAUCGAGGAUGUACUAUCAGGAAUCAAAAUAGCACGCAGUGGAUCAACUUUUUUUAGAGACCUGGGUGAUAAAGGGCUAAUUUCAUAUACCGAGUAUCUUUUCUUACUUACAAUCCUCACGAAACCUCACACUGGAUUCCAUGUCGCUUUUAAAAUGCUAGAUGCAGAUGGCAAUGAGAUGAUUGAAAGAAAGGAGUUUGUUAAGUUGCAGAAGAUCAUAAGUAAGCAAGAUGACUUCAAGACAGUGAAGACGAAUGAGGCCGAUUCCCAGGAACCAGCAGUGAAAGAGCCUGGAAUUAAUACAACCCUUCAAGUGCGUUUCUUUGGGAAAAGAGGAGAAAAAAAACUUCAUUAUAAAGAAUUUCGAAGAUUUAUGGAAAACUUACAAACGGAAGUUCAAGAAAUGGAAUUCCUUCAGUUUUCUAAGGGUCUGAACUUCAUGAGGAAGGAAGAUUUUGCAGAGUGGCUCCUUUUCUUCACUAACACUGAAAAUAAAGACAUCUACUGGAAAAACGUGAGAGAAAAGUUGUCAGUAGGAGAGAGCAUUAGUUUGGAUGAGUUCAAGUCAUUUUGCCAUUUUACAACGCAUUUGGAAGACUUUGCUAUCGCCAUGCAAAUGUUUAGCCUAGCUCAUCGCCCUGUGAGACUGGCGGAGUUUAAGAGAGCUGUGAAAGUAGCCACUGGACAGGAGCUCUCAAACAAUAUCUUGGACACUGUCUUCAAGAUCUUUGACUUGGACGGCGAUGAGUGCCUCAGCCAUGGGGAGUUUCUUGGAGUAUUGAAAAACAGGAUGCAUCGAGGUUUAUGGGUAUCGCAGCAGCAGAGCGUGCAAGAGUACUGGAAGUGCGUGAAGAAGGAGAGCAUUAAGGGGGUCAAGGAAGCCUGGAAACAAGCUUUUUAAGAAAAAGAUGUGUAGCAAUUACAUUGCUUGAAGUGCCAGAAUUUGUGAUAUUUUUUUCAAAGAAUUAAUUUUCUCUAAAUCUUUAUUGAGUUGCUUUGUAAUGUAAAAAUGCCAUGUACUCAUUUUCUGGUUCAGGGAUUGAGGCAGGGGGUAGGGGGUAAAGUGUGUGCCACAGUGUGCAUGUGGAAGUCAGAGUCCAGCCUGUGGGAGCCAGUUCUCUCCUACCAUGGGAGUCCCAGAGAUUGAACUUGGGUCAUGAGCUUUGGCAUCAAGUGCUCUUACCUAAUAAGCCCUCUAGCCAGCUCUGACUCAGUAAUUGCUUGGUAAAUUUUCAUUAAAGAAUAUAAUAAAAAGAACAGAAAGUAUUCCUUUACAGAAACACACACUACAUUGUCAGAAGCCUGUAUGCAGAGUGCUGCUUUGGUAAGCUGGAGGCCGAGGCCGUCACUGAGCCCUUGAACAUGAGAACGUGAAGUGCUUUCUAAAAGACUAAGCAAGCGCCCAACACCAUGGAGAGUCUCACUUCAGGCUUCCCUCUCUGUAUCCUGUCCUGUGUGACUGUUCCCUCUCUGUGUCCUGUCCCGGGUGACUGUUCCCUCUCUGUAUCCUGUCCUGUGUGACUGUUCCCUCUCUGUGUCCUGUCCUGGUGACUGUUCCCUCUCUGUAUCCUGUCCUGUGUGACUGUUCCCUUUCUGUGUCCUGUCCCGGGUGACUGUUCCCUCUCUGUAUCCUGUCCCGUGUGACUGUUCCCUUUCUGUGUCCUGUCCCAUGUGACUGUUCCCUUUCUGUGUCCUGUCCCGGGUGACUGUUCCCUCUCUGUAUCCUGUCCCAUGUGACUGUUCCCUCUCUGUGUCCUGUCCCAUGUGACUGUUCCCUCUCUGUGUCCUGUCCCGUGUGACUGUUCCCUCUCUGUGUCCUGUCCUGAAUGACUGUUCCCUCUCUGUGUCCUGUCCUGAAUGACUGUUCCCUCUCUGUGUGUUCUCUGCCUUGAAAAUAACCUGAGAGUGACGGUGGCUUGUCUGGAAGCAGGAUAAAGUAUUGACAGUGAUACAGGAAAAAUAGGCUUUCUUCUAAAUUUUCUAUACUUUUGAGAUAUAAAUACAGUACCCUUUCUCCCAAACACAUAGGUUUAGGGGCUCAGCCUGCACAGGACACAGCUGAGUACCACACUUUCUUAACAACACACACAACAAUGAUCAUAAGAUCAAGGUCUCAUAAAAGAAGAUAUAUUGGGCUACGGGAAACAUGCAAGAUGGCACUAUAAAGUAAUUGGCAGUAAAAUAAAUAUAAAAUAAUGUUAUAGGGAAAUGUAAGUAUAUGUUUAUGUAUGUGUGUACAGGUGGGCAUAUAUAUGUAUGUGGAAGCCCCUACUCCUGUAAGUAGCCCCUUACCCAUGUUCCAGAAGUAACCCCAAUAAACUCAUUAGUUCACCAAGCUAGACUUGGA